CAAAUAGCCAUGAUAGGUAGAUAAUCAUUGGAACGUCAAAUUCCUGAUUCCAAAUUUCUGUAACAUUUUUCGUCGCCUUUUCAAAAUUCAAGUGAAGUGAACAUGUAUUCAAACUCAUACCAAAAUGAUUUCAAGGGUGCACCACCCCCACUGAGCAUAGGUCCUGUUGCAGUCGACCAUAUGGAGUAUUUUCAGAAUUUCAGAAAUGAGAAUAUUUCCCGAAUCAGAGUUCCAAGGUACGAGUGGGGUUUGUCCAAAAGUGUAUACACGCCGAGCCCUGAUGUAACUACUUACACCAAGUCAUGUCGUUAUCUCACUCCUCCCCACCCGCAGUUCAGUAUGAUAGACAGAGAGCGCCACCAAGAAGUCGACGACUUUUAUAUAGCUUGUCAAUUGCAUCGUGAUCAAUACAGAGAAAAUUCAGGAUCAUUACACCCUCUCGACUACUUUAAAACCUCUGAUUAUUUAUACCAGUGUCCUCCAGAUCCAACAACGCGAUAUCUCAACUAUCCCGAUUACCAUGUGAAAUAUGACCAGCCACUGACAUUCCCCCUAACAUUGGAGAGAUCUUUGAGAGCUCCUUCGUUACCAGACAGGGCUUUAACUGGAGUUUUCGAUAAGUCUAGUGACUGUAUUUAUAAGAAAUGAAAUAAGUUUUUGGUAUUUGUUAGAUAAUAUUGUAAUUUUUUACUGAUACAAUAGAGAUUGGUAUAUUACGGAAUCAGUUUCCCUGAAA